AGACAGUGAUUUCCGAUAACGAAUACGGCGUUUCCUUUGCUGGUGUUGGCACGGGAUGCGUAAUAUCGCCGCUAUUGCGCUGAGGAUACGAUACGGGGAAAUGCAAAGCACAGGAAUAUAUGACAAGUGGAGGGGAUAAAGCAAAAUUGCUGCUUUUACUUCAUAGUGUCGUGUUUAAGUCGUUAUAUGUAAUGUUGUAGGCUGCAGGAGCGGCGCGUCUCUUGCAGCCCUGGAGUUUGCUGCUGGUCGCGUCUCCCUAGGAUGUCGUGCAGUCGGAAAGAAUGUUUACAUGCGUAUGGAGAUCUUUCCAGUCAAAGUCUGUAUUCGCUCUUGUGCUGAUGUGAGAAGGGUCCGCUCUUGAAGUCAGAAUGACAGAAAUGUUUCUAAAUCAGUGUGCUGCCUUGGUUGGCGAAGACCAACCCCUCUGUCCGGACCUCCCCGAACUCGACCUCUCAGAGCUUGAUGUCAGUGACCUGGAUGCGGACAGCUUCCUGGGCGGGCUCAAGUGGUACAGUGACCAAUCAGAGAUCAUUUCCAGUCAAUAUGGCAACGAGGCUUCCAACCUCUUUGAGAAGAUAGAUGAGGAAAAUGAGGCCAACUUGCUGGCAGUGCUUACAGAAACGCUGGACAGCAUCCCGGUGGACGAGGACGGAUUGCCUUCGUUCGAGGCCCUGGCAGAUGGGGACGUGACCAAUGCCAGCGACCAGAGCUGUCCCUGCACCCCCGACGGUUCGCCGCGCACCCCCGAACCAGAGGAGCCCUCCUUGCUGAAGAAGCUCCUUCUGGCACCCGCAAACUCCCAGCUCAGCUAUAAUCAAUACAUAGGCGACAAGGCACAAAACCAUGCAGCCAGCAACCACCGGAUCAGACCAACACCUGCUGUUGUCAAGACGGAGAUCUCCUGGAACAGCAAGCCGAGGGGGGGCUGUCCGCAGCAGAGCCGUCUAGUGAGGCGCCCGUGCACCGAGCUGCUCAAGUACCUGACUGCCACUGACGACAUCCUCCUCCAGACCAAAGCCAGCGACGCCAAGAGCGCCUGGGGGGGUGGUGGCAAAGACAAGGGCGGCCUGCUGGGCGCCUCCUCCUCCACCUCCUCGUCGCCGUCCUCCUCCUCCACCUCCUCCUUCUCCUCCCUCUCCUCCUCCUCCUCUAUCGCCUCCAAGAAGAAGUCAUCAUCGUCGUCCGUCGUGUCGCAACAGCAGCAGCAGCAUCACCAGCGAGGUGAGAGCCGGGCUGCUGGCGAGUGUAGUGUGGCUGGUGUGGGGGCUGGGAAGUGGCGUCGUUGCGCUCAUGGGGCUGGUGGCACUGAGGGACAGUCCGAACCCGCGGCGGCACCCGCUCCCGUCCCCCCAACACGUAGGAACGGCAGUGGCCAUGCCCGCCCCAAACUGGAGCGCAGGCCGUCCAGUGAAGAAGGAAGGCCGCCAGGUCCGCAGCCUGCGGUGGACGCGGGGCGCCUGGCAGCCGCUAGGUUCAUUAGGUACAUGCAUUCUUAUUCUCUCCUUCCUAGAGAGACGGGUCAGACAGGCAGCUGUGGUCGUUGCCCUGAGGUGGGCACUGCCACUCAGGCUAGCGAGUGCUGGGGCGGGCAUGGCCGUGGUGUGGCAGCGCGUAGGCACAUCACAGUGACCAUAAAGAAAAGAGAGGAGGAGCCGGGGCAUCCGUUGCUUAGCCAGUUGCUGACCUCCAAGCAGAGGCCCGCAAGCUAUCGGGCUCACUUGCUCCUGCCCGCUACUCCCCCUCAGCCCCGCAAGAGCAGUUCAUCAAGAAUGAGCUCUGGAGUCCUGGAGAGGGAUCAGUGUCCCAGCCAGGCUAUUGAGGUGGAGGAGAAGUACAGAGGGACUGUCAAUAUCAAUCCCGGCAGCUGGGGUCUCAGACAGGCCAAGGAGCCUGAUUUGGACCCCCUGUUGGCCGAGAGCUUAGGCCUAGGCAGCUGGGUUAGCCAGUCAGACCAGGGGCUAGAUUUGGGGCUGGAGCUGGGCUUGGGUUGGCCGGAGGUUAGCCUGGUGGAGCAGGCUGGCUGUUUUGGGGAGGAGGUCCGCGAUGAUGAUGCCAUGGGCAGCCCCAUGGCGCUCUCACAGGGCCUGCCAAGCCCACUCUUCCCAGAUUCUAGAAUUCCAGACCCCACUCCCUCCGUCACACAAGGGCAGCAGCACCUACACAUGCAGGCAGUCUGCAGGCACCCCGAUGACCAGGGCCUCCUGUUGUUAGCCAAACCAACCACCUUGCCACUUCCUUUGACCCCAGAGUCUCCAAAUGACCACAAGGGAUCACCGUUUGAGAGCAAAACCAUUGAACGCACAUUGAGUGUGGAGAUCUCUGGAACCCCAGGUCUGACACCACCUACCACGCCCCCCCACAAAGCCAGUCAAGAGAACCCUUUCAAAGCAUCACUCAAAACCAAGUUGUCUUCAUGCUCCUCGUCUGCCCUGGCGUGCAAGAGGGUUCGGCUGAGCGAGGCGAGCCCCUGCGCCCCCCCGGCCCUAACCUCGACCGUAGAUGGAGGUCCCUCCAGGAAGGGCCCCGAGCAGACUGAACUGUAUGCCCAGCUGAGCAAAGCGUCCACUGCCCUCCCCAACUCGGUGGUCACCGCAACGACAGGGGGUUGCCAGGAGGAGCACCGCGGCGGCAACGGCAAGCGGGGUGCCCAGCCCCGCGGCUUCAGCGACCACGACUAUUGUCAGUCGACGGCGGCCAGCACAAAACGGGACGCUGACGCUAAUGCGGCUAACGCAGCUUAUGCUACUGUUACCAUGACGACUACUACGACAACCCCUCUGAUGCCCAAUCCGGUCAUGGCGGAGGACAGGCAUGUGAAAUGUAAGGACUCAGCCAUGCCACCCUCCUCCUUUUCUUCCUCCUCCUCUUCUACAUCUUCUCCUACAUCUUCAUCCUCUUUGGCCAAGCAGCUGCAGCAGAGCUCUUACCCUGUGGCUACGGAGGCUCGGGGGCAGGACGCUCGGGGACAGGACCGGACCCCCACCACCCAGACAAGAGCACCCCCACCACAGACACCAGAUGGGGACCAGCAUUCCACCAGCAGGAAGCAGCCCCUGCGAGACCAGGAGAUCCGGGCGGAGCUCAACAAGCACUUUGGCCGCCCCCAGCAAGCCAUUUACAGCCAGGGUGAGAAGGGGGGGGAGUUGGUGGUGGAGGAGGGGGGGCAGGGAGGAGGGGAGAAGGUUGUCGCCCCGCAGGCGUCCGAGGAGAACCCUGCUGGGGAUGAGUACUACUGCAAGCUCCCUGGUUCUGGUUCUACUGGGUACCUGCACCCGGGUCUCCCGCCCUUCCACGAGGAACUUGAGCUCCAGGACCGUGGCGUGGAGGGGCGCUUCCUCUACCCCUGGGAGGGCACGCCCCUGGAACUGCUUUUCGAGUUCUGCUCGCCGUCCUGCUCGCCGUCCAGCUGCUCCCCCUCACGGGGCUCCGUCUCACCCCUCUCCUCCCUCCUCCUCUCCCCCAGACACUUUGUCUGGCCCCGUUCGGGCUCCCCCUCCUCCCGUUCUCGCUCCCGGUCCCUCAGUUCCUCCUCUCACCACCGGAGGCGCUCCCUCUCCAGCUCACCCGACGGACGCCCCUCCUCCAGGUCUCGCCACAAUAUGGACUCCAGCACUUACCGAUCCAGGACCCACAAAAGCCCUCGCUCGCAGUCUCGGUCUCAGUCCAGAUCCCCCCUCAGCCGCAGGCCAAGGUACGACAGCUACGAGGAAUACCAACACGAGCGUCUGAAGCGGGAGGAGUACCGCCAGGACUACCAGAAGAGGGAGUCCCAGAGGGCCGAGCAGAGAGAGAGGCAAAGUGAAAAAGCAAUACAGGAGGAGAGACGGGUGGUGUACGUGGGGAGACUGAGGUCCGACAGCACGCGAACCGAGCUAAAGCGGCGUUUUGAAGUCUUCGGCGAGAUCGAAGAGUGUGCCGUGAACCUGAGAGAUGACGGGGACAAUUUUGGUUUCAUCACCUACCGCUACACUUGUGACGCCUUCGCUGCCCUUGAAAACGGACACACCUUGCGCCGGUCAAACGAGCCCCAGUUCGAGCUGUGCUUCGGUGGACAAAAGCAGUUCUGCAAAUCGAAUUAUACAGACUUGGAUUCCCAUUCUGACGACUUUGAUCCAGCCUCCACUAAAAGCAAGUACGACUCCAUGGAUUUUGACAGCUUGCUGAGAGAGGCCCAGCGCAGCUUGAGAAGGUAACAAGUGCUUUAGCAGCCGCUGUCUACCAAGAGGGAUGUCUCGAUACCUCACUAAUGUUUCUGUCCUUUGACUACGAGAAGUUUUACACUCUAUGUAAGAGAGUAUAUAAAGAGGAAUCUAUAUAUAUAUAUAGACCAAUAUAUAUAUAUAUAUAUAUAUAUAUAUAUAUAUAUAUAACAAAAAGUAUAUUAAAAACAACGUUUACAUGAACAUAGCUGCUGAAGAAGCUGGGAAGAGACAGUACCUGGAAAGCCAGUGAAUCCUCAUAAUCCUGUACACAGAUGUGUGUACUUUACUGCUGUACAGCAGUCAGUGAAAGACAAUAACAUUCAUGAGAUUUUUUUCUCUCCGAGCACUACAAAAACCCAACUAUGCUUUGAGUGGUGAACAUGUGCAGCUUGUUCAGUCUUUUUUCUUUUUGUCCUUGAUUAUUCUUUUUAUUUUUUUAUCCGGUGUCUGGAUGUGGUGUUACGUUAUUAACGAGAGUAUAGGGAAGUGUAUCUUGGAGGCUCAAGAUAACAUUGCUGUCUAAAUUUUCGGGACAAAAAUGUAGCCCUGUAUAUACAGAUAUUAUCAAAAGGAAUAUUUUUAUUUUGUGUACAUAUCAAACAAAGUUCUUUAUUUGUUACAGCUAUGCACUGUAAAAUGCAGCCUUUUUAAAAUGAUGAAGACAUUUUCUCAAUUAAGAAUGUCGAUCUGUAGUUAUUACAAUGAUGUAAAACAUAUUGUACACCUACAUGAAGUUUAGAGGACAUGACAUGAUUGUAAAAAUGUGUAGGAGGCUCAUUUUGAUGGAGCAUGUGAACAAAUUUCCUUUUUUAAGAAUGAUUUUGUUGGGGGAAAAAAGUUAACCAUGUAUAGUUUUAUCUGUUUAUAAAGUUUCUCAAUCAGUGUUUUUCCGUAUACAACAAGUAUAAAAUGCAUUUUUAACGUGUUUUUUCAUGAUUGUAAUGAAACAAACCCCAUUUUUAAUAAUAUUUCUGAAACAAUCAGUAUAUAUAUAUAUAUAUAUCAAUUCAUUUUGAUUUCAAUGCUUUUUAUGGUUCUCGUUUUGAUAAUUUUACUCUCAGUGAGAAAAGACUACUACUAUGUUUAAUCUGUUUAAUCAGGAUAAACCGUUCAUAUUUAUCUAUUUAUUUUAAUAUUUGAAUCAAAAAUAUUUAUCCUCUCCAUCUCACAUGGUGUACCUCACAUAUUUUUGCUAUUUAUAUUGUUAUUUGAUUUUUGUUAUUUCACUUACAAUCAGUGGGUAAGGUGUACAAUAAUGUGGGAAUAUUACAUUCUAUGCCUUUCAGAAACAAUAAAAAAUAAAUUCUAAUCUCCUCGACAGUGGCCCUUCAUGAGAUAUGCUGCUCAUUGUCCAAGUGAUUUCUGUCUCCACAACAGUGGUUUGCAGCCAUGACAAAAUGUCUACCACAUUAUUUUCCUUUAUACACAGUAGAACAUGAAGCAAUAAAAUGAUUUUGCAGGUAUUUUUGUUGUACCACACUGUAAAAAUCUGUGUCGUUGCUCCACACGCUUGAUUAUGUGAAUGCCAAACAAAAGUUUACAAUUUUCUUUCCUGAAUUUAAAAAAAAUAUUGUAUUUGAUGUACAAAAUAUAUAUAUAUAUAUAAUAUAUAUAAUAUAAUAUAUAUAUAUAUAUGAUGAUAAUAAUAAUAUUGACAUUAUUCACAAUAAUUACAAAAAUAAUAAUAAUAUAAAUGAAAGAAAAAGUAUAUAAAAAAGCAAUAAAUUAUUUUUAAAAGUUGUAUUUUAGCUCAUAUUGUUGUGUGGUUUUGGACCCUGACCCAUUACCCAAUCGCUGGCUACAUACAGGGAUUCCAUUCCAGUGUCUUAGCACGGUCACAUGACCCUUAUCACCCAAUAGAGAGCACUUACGGAAUGUUUGCCCAUUUAGUGUAAGUUCGGGUCUGUGUGUUUGUGUAGAACAUUGUGGCAACUGUACAAAUGUAAACCAAUACAAUGGAAAACACAGUGUUAAAACUGUAGUGUUCAACAACAAGCAUCCUAGCAUCAAAACAUUUGUCUGUGUAGCGCAUGGCUAUUAAAUGAUGACAGCCGAUACAGCACAUAGUACUUUGGAUAACAGGCUCUCCUGUCUAAAUGGCACUACUUGAAUGACAUCUUAUAAGCCUAGAGAAACUACUCAAUACUGCAUGGAGCCGCACCAUUUUCUAUUAGGCGCUGCUGCCACACAGUCCAGAUAUCACAGCACCUUCAACGUGACAUUAAAGGUAACCUUGUGCUUUCUGGUGCAAUUAAUAUCCUGUUUAUAGUGCAAGCUAAGUAACAAGAAAAACCAGCCUACAUUGCAAGAGGUAGAACUCUUUUGUAUGAAAGCUUCGCUGAUCACAGGCGCCCUUUCAUGAAGUUUGACUUGUGUAGAUGAAAACGAGAUGCAGAAGCAAAAUCAGUGGUGGGGAAAUCUCCCCGUCUACCUGUAUUUCAACAUAUUUUUUAUUUUAUGUACAGCGCUUGGGUAAUGGUGUCGCGUCCCAUUUGAUAGAUGUGGCUUUAAUCAUUGUAAUAAAAAAAAAUCUGCUUUGUAAAUCGCCUAGAGUAGUAAUAUAUUAUAACACCUUAUGGUCCUCAAAAUGUCAUCUGUGUCAGACUUUUUAACAAUGUGAACUACUGAGGAAUUUGCCACUGCUUAAACGUUUGUUGGGUGAUCAUGUUUCUUUUGGAAGGACAAUGGUGUGAGCGUGUGUGUGCAUGUGUGUGUUUAUAGGCAGGUGUGUGUGUGUGUGUGUGUGUGUUUUGGGCAGAGGGGGGUGGGAGGGAGCGGGGGUAUUGCUUUGGGUUGUUACCUGUUUGUGUCCUAUCCACGUUGCCUUCUGCCAAGUCCUUACCAAUGCCUUUGUGGUUCUACCUAUUGUAUGACUUUCUUGUGAAUUUAGUUUUUAUGUGCAAUUCUCAUCAGCCUCACCAUGCCAAUAAAGGGAAAUGUGUUUGAAAGAAA